CACGACGAAUGAACAUUAGUUUCGUGAAAAGGGACGUAAACAUUAGCAACUAAUGGCUCGAGCCGCGUUCGCAAUCCUUUGGUGCGCUUGUUGGUCGAUCACUGCCAUCGCUGGCCUUUCUCUGGAAAAACAAAUGCAGCAACUUGUAGAAAACUACGAGGUUUUAGCAGCAAAAUUGGAGGCAGUGGAACAGCAAAAUAUGAGAUCAUUGGAAUCUCAGGCGAUUCACGUUCAAAAUCUGGAACGUAAAAUUCAACAACAAGCGUCGCUCCUCACCGCCUUGCGAGGAGGAAAUCAAAUCACGAGGGCGGAUGCGGAGACGAGACAAACACCGGCAACUGGAAUGCCGAGAUCGUGCUCCGACCUCAAAGCUAGGGGACACACUUUGAGCGGCCUCUAUUUGAUUAUGGGUGCCAAAACAGUGGAAACUGUUUACUGCGACUUGUGCAAAUCAGAAAGCGAUCCCACUUUGCAAACGUGGAUCGGAUUCGCCGAUGUCAAAUCGAUGCCCGUUUACUUCAACGCAUUGCGAAGCUCUACGACCUUCAAACAAGUUCAAGUGCCCAUUCCGUUCGAUGUCGCACGCGUCAACGUCGGUGGAGCCAUGAAUUUAUCAACGGGUAAAUUCACAGCUCCAAGGGUAGGCAAAUAUUUCUUCAUUUUCACUGGAACGGCCUCUUUCCUGCCAAGCGCUGGACGGAGCUCUCUAAACAUGGGCCUGUGUUUGAACGGCAAUUCGUUCGGCGACAUCGUGACGUACGGCCUGUCGGACGAGAGCAACUCUAACGUGUACCAACAAGAAUCGCUGACUUUGCAAUCGACGCUCCAUCUGAACGCAGGCGAUCAAGUUUGGCUGCAAAUUGGAUUUUUGUCGGGAUCUUUUCUAGAAGGCGGCGGUGGAUUCGGAGGCACGAACCACUUCAGUGGUUGGCUAUUAGAAGAAGACAUUUCUCAGUCACUUACUGGUUAGGAAAAAUAAGAAAAGAAAUAAAAAAUUGCCUGAUGAAUUGCAUGUGCGAUGGUAUCUGAAAUGUGAACUGAAAGGCGGAUUCAAAGAUUUUGCUUAAGGACCGGUGAAUUGAAAUCGAUGAGAAAUAUGACGUCACCUGUUAUUCAAAUAGAACCGAUUCGCAAGCAG